AUGGCGGACCCAGCUGAAUGCAGCAUCAAAGUGAUGUGCCGGUUCCGGCCCCUCAAUGAAGCGGAGAUCCUCCGCGGGGACAAAUUCAUCCCCAAAUUUAAAGGCGAGGAGACCGUGGUCAUCGGGCAAGGGAAGCCAUAUGUCUUCGACAGAGUGCUGCCUCCCAGCACGACCCAAGAGCAGGUUUACAGUGCGUGUGCAAAGCAGAUUGUCAAAGAUGUCCUUGAAGGUUACAAUGGGACAAUUUUUGCUUAUGGACAGACUUCAUCAGGAAAAACGCAUACCAUGGAGGGGAAGCUGCAUGACCCUCAACUCAUGGGGAUCAUCCCAAGGAUUGCACACGACAUCUUUGACCAUAUAUAUUCCAUGGAUGAAAACCUGGAGUUUCACAUCAAGGUUUCCUAUUUUGAGAUCUACUUGGACAAAAUCAGGGACUUACUCGAUGUAUCCAAGACAAACUUGGCUGUUCAUGAAGAUAAAAACAGAGUCCCAUAUGUAAAGGGGUGCACUGAGCGGUUUGUAUCCAGCCCCGAGGAAGUCAUGGAUGUGAUAGAUGAAGGCAAAGCAAACCGGCACGUGGCUGUAACAAACAUGAAUGAACACAGCUCUAGAAGUCACAGUAUCUUCCUGAUUAAUAUUAAACAAGAGAAUGUAGAGACCGAGAAAAAACUCAGUGGGAAGCUUUAUCUGGUUGAUUUGGCCGGGAGCGAAAAGGUCAGCAAAACUGGUGCCGAGGGAGCUGUUCUCGACGAAGCUAAAAAUAUCAAUAAGUCUUUGUCUGCUCUUGGAAACGUGAUCUCUGCCUUGGCAGAAGGGACAAAAACACAUGUGCCGUAUCGGGACAGCAAGAUGACUCGGAUUCUUCAGGACUCUCUGGGUGGGAACUGUAGAACUACUAUUGUGAUUUGCUGUUCUCCUUCUGUCUUCAAUGAAGCUGAGACCAAAUCUACAUUGAUGUUUGGACAAAGGGCUAAGACCAUCAAGAACACAGUCUCUGUGAACCUGGAGCUGACAGCUGAAGAAUGGAAGAAGAAAUAUGAGAAAGAGAAAGAGAAAAACAAGACUCUGAAGAAUGUUAUCCAGCAUCUGGAGGUGGAGCUAAACAGGUGGAGAAACGGAGAAGCUGUGCCUGAGGAUGAGCAGAUCAGUGCUAAGGACCAGAAGACCCUGGAGCCCUGCGAUAACACCCCCAUCAUCGACAAUAUUGUUCCCGGGGUCGAUGCUGUUGUCGCCAGCAUCUCUGCUGAGGAGAAGGAGAAGUACGACGAGGAGCUCUCCAGUCUCUACAGACAACUGGAUGAUAAGGAUGAUGAAAUUAACCAGCAGAGCCAGCUGGCUGAAAAGCUAAAGCAACAGAUGUUGGAUCAGGAUGAGCUUUUAGCUUCCACAAGAAGAGACUAUGAGAAGAUCCAAGAGGAGCUGACACGGCUCCAGAUUGAAAACGAGGCGGCCAAAGACGAGGUGAAAGAAGUCCUGCAGGCCCUGGAGGAGCUGGCUGUCAAUUACGACCAGAAGUCCCAGGAGGUGGAGGAUAAGAUGAGGGCCAAUGAGCAGCUGACCGAUGAGCUGGCCCAGAAAACGACCACACUGACAACCACACAGCGAGAGCUGAGCCAGCUGCAAGAGCUUAGCAACCACCAGAAGAAGAGAGCCACCGAGAUCCUGAACUUGCUGCUGAAGGACCUGGGGGAGAUAGGCGGCAUCAUCGGCACCAACGACGUGAAGACUCUGGCAGACGUGAAUGGCGUCAUUGAGGAGGAGUUCACCAUGGCCCGUCUGUACAUCAGCAAGAUGAAGUCAGAGGUCAAGUCCCUGGUGAACCGCAGCAAGCAGCUCGAGAGCGCCCAGAUGGACUCCAACAGGAAGAUGAACGCCAGUGAGCGGGAGCUGGCCGCCUGCCAGCUGCUCAUAUCCCAGCACGAGGCCAAGAUCAAAUCCCUGACAGACUACAUGCAGAACAUGGAACAGAAGAGGAGGCAGCUGGAGGAGUCCCAAGACUCGCUCAAUGAGGAGCUGGCCAAGCUCCGAGCCCAAGAAAAAAUGCACGAAGUCAGCUUCCAGGACAAGGAGAAGGAACAUCUGACGCGGCUGCAGGAUGCUGAGGAGAUGAAGAAGGCGCUGGAGCAGCAGAUGGAGAGCCACCGGGAGGCUCACCAGAAGCAGCUGUCCAGACUUCGCGAUGAAAUUGAGGAGAAGCAGAAAAUCAUUGAUGAGAUUCGGGAUUUGAAUCAGAAACUGCAACUGGAACAAGAGAGGCUCAGUUCUGAUUAUAACAAGCUGAAGAUCGAGGACCGGGAGAGGGAGAUGAAGCUGGAAAAGCUCCUGUUGCUCAAUGACAAAAGGGAACAAGCCAGGGAGGACCUCAAAGGGCUGGAGGAGACGGUGUCUCGGGAACUGCAGACGCUGCACAACCUCCGCAAGCUCUUCGUCCAGGACCUGACUGCCCGGGUUAAAAAGAGUGUGGAGCUGGACAGCGACGAUGGCGGGGGCAGCGCCGCCCAGAAGCAGAAAAUCUCCUUCCUGGAGAAUAACCUGGAGCAGCUCACGAAGGUCCACAAACAGCUGGUCCGGGACAACGCCGACCUGCGCUGUGAGCUGCCCAAGCUGGAGAAGCGGCUGCGGGCCACGGCCGAGCGCGUCAAGGCCCUGGAGAGCGCGCUGAAGGAGGCCAAGGAGAACGCCAUGCGGGACCGCAAGCGCUACCAGCAGGAGGUGGAUCGCAUCAAGGAGGCCGUGCGCGCCAAGAACAUGGCCCGGAGGGCCCACUCGGCCCAGAUUGCCAAGCCCAUCCGCCCCGGACACUACCCAGCAUCAUCUCCAACAGCCGUUCACGCCAUCCGAGGGGGAGGAGGCGGCUCAUCGAACUCCACUCACUACCAGAAAUAA